CCGCAAGCCGAAACUUCAGUUUAGUUUACUAGCGGUCCUCGAGUUGUAGCCUCUGCCGCAGCCGGCACACGGAAACGCUCGUAGCCGUCGAAAAAUAGAAAGAAACGAAACGCAAAAGGAAAAAUAAAGCAGAGUCCGUGCGAGUCGCGAAGCGAUGACGUGAAGCGGCUGCGGCGACAGAGGAAAACAAGAAUCGCGAAUCCGAGAGGAAGAGUCGCAUUUUCAUUUCGAAACGUUCGUUUUUCGUACCGAAUCUAUUCCUUUUCACUGCGGAGAAUUCAGGCGGCACGUAGAACGAAUUUAUUACGAUUUUAAUAUGCGUUUAUAAGAAGAUUUAUCGAGGGAAGCUGUGAACAGACAAAUCGGUCGAGAGGAUAGAGGACUGAGAAUCGAGAAGGACGAGACGGCGAGGGAGACGCAAGGAUGAGAUACAAGGUGAAUGACCCGGAGGCCAAUGAGAGAGACACAGUUGAGAAUGCGAAAACAAAUGGCGACGUCUCCUGGAAUUACAAUCAGCGUGAUGAGAAGAAGUCAAGCGGAAAAGAAAUGCGACUCGUAAUUGUCGUCGGACUAUUAGCGGUGACCGUCAUCGCUCUUAUCGUAGCAUUGACUUUGCAGAUGGCAGUAUUUCGCAGAGAAGAGUACAAGGAGAUGUGUCAGAGCGAAGAAUGCAUUAAAACAGCGGCACGAGUGAUAGGCGCGAUGAACAGAUCCGUAGAUCCUUGCAAUGAUUUCUACAAUUUUGCCUGCGGCGGCUGGAUCAGCAAGCAUCCGAUUCCUCAAAGUCAGAGUUUCUGGGAUCAGCUGACUUUGCUCAGGGAGGAGCUUUUGAAAAAUUUAAGAAUUUUACUGGAGGAGCCAGAUAAGGAAACGGAUCUCAGACCAGUGAAGAUGGCAAGAGCUCUUUAUAGAACCUGCAUGGAUGUUGCGAGUGUCGAGGCUUUGGGAUUGGAACCGAUCUUCGAAGUACUCGAUAGCCUAGGUUUGCCGAAAGAUCCGCCAUUGCAGGGUAAAGUACCCUCGCUGGACGUGUCGAGACUGGCAGGUAUAGCGCAGCGAACGUUGGGCUUAAAUCUCUUUAUUAAUUUUUACAUCAGCGAGGACGUUAAGGACACCACGAGGAAUCGAAUGAUGAUGGAGCAAGUAUCCCCCGGAUUUAGUGAGCGUUACUUGUUAGAUCCACGGCGUUUUCAAUCGGAAUUAACGGCGUAUAAAAGAUACAUAACGUCUAUGGUCGAAGUAGCGGGAGCUGGUAAUAUGAGUGCGAAUUACGCUAAUGAGAUUUUAGAGUUUGGCACAAAACUCGCCAAAAUCAUGGCCACGAAUGAAGAAAGACGCAGCUCGGAUCAUCUCCUUCACGACGUGACGAUCGAUGAGCUGCAACAACUCACCGAUCUACACGCGCAACAGUGGAACUGGACAAAAUACGUGAAGGCCGUGUUCGAGAAUACGAACGUCACGAUAAAUCCGUCCAUGGAUCGAGUUAUCGUCGUGGACCUGCAAUAUUUGCAGAAAUUGCCGAUGCUGCUCUCUAAAACACCACCCGCCACGAUAGGUACGUUCAAUUUUGGCACCCUCGUCAAACUGAACGCGAUUACCACUUGGCAUAAUACGCUACAUUCAACUUGCAUCCUAUAUCGUUGCUUUUCCACUUAUGUCCACUUUGUUGUGCAAGAGAAGAGAGAGAGAGAGAGAGCUCUAAUAAACUCUAAUAUUACGCAUUGCAGGUCCAUCAAUUACGGCGCUAUGGGGGCGAUUAUGGGCCACGAGCUUACGCACGGUUUCGACGACCAAGGUCGCCGGUACGACGAGAACGGCAAUCUCCGGCAGUGGUGGAGCGACGAGACGUUGCGACACUAUCACGAGAAAGUGCAGUGUAUGAUCGAGCAGUACAGCAGUUAUCAUUUGCCAGAGCUGGGUGAUAAUUUCACGGUGAACGGCAUCAACACUCAAGGUGAAAAUAUCGCCGACAAUGGCGGCAUCAGGGAAGCUUACAGGGCGUACCAGAGGCUGAUUACGCGCAACCCGUAUCAGCAAGCUCUUCCUGGUCUCGUUGAUUAUAGUAACGAACAACUAUUCUUCUUAGGUUUCGCUCAGGUCUGGUGCGGUAAUUACACAAAUGGAGCGUUGAAAUCCAAAGUGAUAGAAGGCGAGCACGCGCCGAAUCACUUCCGAGUUAUUGGAACGCUGUCGAACAACGCAGAGUUUGCAAAGGCCUGGAAGUGCCCGCUCGGCAGUCCAAUGAACCCACCACAUAAAUGCAUCUUGUGGUAGACGAUUCUUCUCGCGUUAUAAUGACGCCCAGAAACUGUUAUCUCGUCCAGACCUAAUCUAGUGACAGAAGAAGACACGUUGCAGUGAUAAGUCUAAGAAAUUGUAAAUAGACUGAUUUAUAAUUAUAGGAACUAGUGUAUAAUUUAUUAAG